UUUCGCAGUGUCCGACGAUCUCAAAGUUCCUCUCUUUUUCUCUCUCUCCUUCUCUCACACUCUGUCUCUCUCACCAAAUUCGUAGCUUUUUUGCAUUUGCUUCUGAAUUCGGCUUCGGAUUUCAGAAAGUCCGAAGAGUCUCUCUCACUCAAUCUCAGACUGUCAAAGAGCUUCAAGCCGCAAAGAACGGACCCAGAGAGUUUUAAUUUAAUUCGGAAUCGUUUAUUGGUCUGAUCUGCAGAUCCCGUUACCCUAAUUUUCCGCAGGCGUAACGGUUCUCCUCCUUGGCCUGCCGUCAUUUUGACCUCUUCAAUGGUGGCGAAACAAGAGUUUUAAUCUCUUUGGCAGAGAAAGCUAUCGACUUGCGAUUGGAUAUACUGUAGCUAGAAGUGCAGUGCGCAACUACUGUUGCAUAAAGGUCGAAUUUGAAACUUCGUGGAGGGUAAGAGAGAGAGAUGCUCACGUGCAUAGCUUGUUCGAAGCAGCUAAACACAUCCAAUGGCGGAUCUAAGGAAGAAGAAGAAGAUGACAGAGUUCUCGGAACACCCAGGUCUAAGCAGGCGAUUAAGUCCCUGACGUCACAAAUAAAAGACAUGGCAGUGAAAGCAUCAGGUGCCUACAAAAGCUGCAAACCAUGUUCGGGGUCGUCAAACCGAAAUCAGAACCGAAACUACGCGGAUUCGGAUGUUGCAUCAGCUUCUGGGAGGUUCCAUUAUGCGUACAAGAGAGCGGGAAGUGGAAGCUCAACACCGAAGAUUCUGGGGAAGGAAAUGGAGUCAAGGUUGAAAGGGCUUUUGAGUGGAGAAGGAACACCUGAAUCCAUGAGUGGCAGGACAGAGUCCACAGUGUUCAUGGAGGAAGAAGAAGAUGAGCCCAAAGAAUGGGUUGCUCAAGUGGAGCCUGGUGUCCUCAUCACAUUUGUAUCAUUGCCUGAGGGAGGGAAUGAUCUCAAGCGGAUUCGGUUCAGCCGUGAAAUGUUCGAUAAAUGGCAAGCUCAAAAGUGGUGGGCAGAGAAUUUCGACAAGGUCAUGGAAUUAUAUAAUGUGCAGCAGUUUAAUCAGCAGAGCGUCCCGCUUCCAACACAUCCUAGAUCUGAAGAUGGGAGCUCGCGAAUUCAGUCUACCAAGAACGGUCCUGCAACUCCACCACUAAACAAAGAAUGCCCUCGAGGAAAAGGCUAUGGUUCUUCUGGCUCACUCGCUCACCAACCAACAACACAAACACAAGUUCGAUACCAUGAUUCAUCUGGUCUUGCUACGACGCCAAAACUCUCUAGCAUAAGUGGGACCAAAACCGAGACAUCAUCGGUUGAUGAGUCAGCAAGAAGAAGUAGCUCAUCAAGGGAAGAAGAAGAAGAAGAAGAGGAAGAAGAAGCAGAUCAUUCAGGGGAGCUCUCUGUAAGUAUUGCAAGUGACACUGAAACAGAAUGGGUGGAACAAGACGAAGCCGGUGUUUACAUUACAAUCAGAGCUUUACCAGAUGGGACUCGCGAGCUUAGACGUGUUCGAUUCAGCCGAGAGAGGUUUGGAGAAACGAAUGCAAGAUUGUGGUGGGAGCAGAACAGAGCUCGGAUACAGCAGCAAUACUUGUGAUGAUGUUUUUACUUUUAUGAGAGCGGGUGGAUUUAUAUAACAUAUAUAUUUUUAAACCAAAUUUUUUAAUUAAAUUUUUAUAUACUUUUUCUUUUAACAUAAUGGUUUAUAUAGUAAAAUAAUUGAUGUUUG